GAUAAUCCUACUUACGAAAUUAUUUACGAUGGAAAAUCGUACAGAUGACAACAAAAUUAUCGAAAGCAAUAUUCAACAGGAAAAUUUAGAGUAUCGUUUUAAUUUUGUUAAUACUCCAUGGGACGACAGAUCUAAGAAAAGCAAAGCUGGCAUCUUAAUUUUGUUAAUUUCCAUAUUUGUUGUAACAAUGGCUCUCGUGUUUAAUAGUUUUAUAAUGCACUAUAAAGGUUUCAAGUUUGUCAAAAGAUAUAACAACUCUAAUGAACUAUCGUGCCUCCGUGUCAGGAUGGAUGAGUAUCCCUUCGUGGCGAGAAUUCAUUCUGUAGCUACUCAACAUCUGUUGUGUUUGGGUGCUGUAGUGAGCCCCUCCACAGUCAUCACCAACGGAGUCUGCGCUAAGUCUGGACCUAUACGAAUGAUUCUCGGAAGCAUAUCGAACCCUCGCUGCAAAAAGGGAUUUUCCGUUGACGUCAUAGAGUCAGUACUCCACGACGGCGUAAUUUCCAAAAGGCUGGUACUCUUAUCUAGUUACGAAAGUAUAGAGUUUUGUUCAGAAGUGAUAACGAUCGGCAAAAACUUGAACUGGGCCGCAAAAGUUCAUAUUCUCGGACGACCUAUCGCAGUUGGAAGAAUGUUAUCUCUACAGUAUGCCAACUUAGCUGGCAAAAACAUCGCAAGUAGACGUAUAAAUAAACAUGUGAAUCCGAAUAGUACGAUAUGUGUGAAGGACGUAGCACGCUGUCCCGUGCGGGCUGGGGAUCUCCUGCUGCAGAAUGGCCAACUAUUCGGAUUCUCAUCGACCAGUGUACAACGCGACAAAGUGGCUUGUUUUGCAGACUUGAACCUUGUUAAACAAGAUUUAAAGGAAGCGGAUGAAGAAAUAAGUGUGGACGACUAGAGUGGCUAACUUUAAUACUUAGUUGAAUUAUACUUAUCUGCUUACCUUUCUUAACGAAUGGUUCUUUUUCAUCUUUAAACCGAGGGAUUUUCCACUUUCCACCCUGCCCAUGCACCAAAGUGGACUUUCUUCGCAUUCUCGCUAUUGUAUUUAGGCAGGUACUCACUUGUUGUUGCAAUUUAGGAAAUAAAAAUAUUUUUUUAUGGGCGCAGUGCAUAAAACCAUAUAUUUUGCUAUCCGUCACGGUCUUCCUUUAGUAUCAGUGAUAGUAAAUACACAUAUGAACCUUCCUCUUCAAUCAUACACUCUAUCUAUUAAAAAAAACCGCAUCAAAAAUC